AUGGCGUCGACUCUUCCGCAAUGGUCUGACCUCCCAACGGACGUGCUAGGCCAGGUCCUCGCCCGCGUCCCGCUCCCCGGUGACCGCGCCCGCUUUCGCGCGGUCUGCCGCUCGUGGCGCUCGACGCCGGGAUGGCGGCUGCCGUGGAUCGUCCACAGGGACGGCACCUUCGUCACCUUCCCUGACUGCGGCCUGCACCGUCUUCCCCUCCCCGACAAGGCGAGUUUCCUAGGCGCCACCAACAAUGGCUGGCUGGCGCUUGAGCGCGCGGUUGAAGGGAAGGAGCACGCACGCAGCUACAGUCUGUACAACCCCUUCACCGGCGCGACUUUGCCGCUCCUGGGGCUGGAGUCGGUCAUCGUCAAGGUCUCCAAGUGGUUCGAGGUACGGAAGGUCCUCAUGCGGUCGACGGUGGAUGACGUCGUCGUCGUCACGACCAACAACUGGUACUACCCGGUCAUCCUGUGCCGAGCUGGGAAACCAGGUGCCUGGAUACCCAAGCCAAUAGAGAUGCCCUACGCUUGCCUCAUAGAUGUUGAGUUCCUUGGGGAUCGUCUCUACGGGAUCACCUCUGAUGAGGAACUCGUGGCCUUCGAUCUUGGCGAGGAUGAUGAAGGCAGGCCCACCGUUUCAGGUGUUACGUACGUGAUCAGGCAUCCAACGAGUGGUGGUGAGGAAGAGGACAUGAAUGGCAAGUAUGUGCCUGAACUUUAUCAAGGUGAUGGCGAGGUGCCGGACAAUGAAGUGGCCGUCGACCGCCAUCUUGGUCGGAAGGGUCACAUUACGGAUAGUUGGCACCUCCUGGCGUCAAACGGCGAUUUGCUGAUGCUGAGACGGCAGAAGAGCACACCACGCUGCUCCCCUGAGUACAAUAUCAAGAUUGAGGUCCUAAAGGCCGACAUGAACAUUGGCUCCUGGGUUCCGGCUCGCAGUGAAGAGAGUCAAAAGCUUUUCAUCAGCAAGCGCUUUUGCAAAUGUUUUCCUGCACCUACAAAGAAACUCACAACCUGCUACUUUGUCGGCCAGUGGGACAUUGACGACCAUAGCUCUGAGCCGCUGCAUGAGUACGAUACAAGGUCGACAUGGGUUUUUCCUCCCGAGGUAGUGCUCUAA